AUGGCGGCACGGCGCCGCGCUGGUGCGCCUGGAGGCUGUGCUGCAGCGGCGUGGCUCGCGAACUUCUUCGACGCGGCGGCGGGGUCCGGCGUGGGAGGCGUCCUGGCAGCCCUGCUAUUCACGUUCGGGGUCAACUCCAACUCCGUGCUAGUGGCGCUGCUGGACUCGCACUACACGGGGCUGGCGGAGCUGGUGGAGAAGGCGCUGCUCCUGCAGACGCUAGAGGACGCCGUCGGGAAGCACAACGUCACCAUCUUCGUGCCGCGGAAUGAGGCGCUGGAGCGGGACCUCGACCCGGAGUUCAAGCGCUUCCUACUGGAGCCGCGCAACCUCAAGUCGCUCCAGGUGUUGCUGCUCUACCACGCCCUCCCCUCGCGCCUACCUUCCGACGCCUGGCCCACGGCCUCACACCCCAUGCUCUCCGGCGAGGAGGUCGAGCUCACCGUGGCAGGGACCGGCAUGCACGUCGGCCAUGCCGCCAUCACACGCCCGGACGUCAUGCUCAGGCCCAAUGGGGUCAUCCACGGCAUCGAGCACCUGCUCGUCCCGCACUCUGUCCAGGAGGGCUUCAACCACCGCCGCAGCCUCGCCGCGAUCUCGACCGUGCUGCCCACGGGCGCGCCCGAGGUGGACCCCAGGACACACCGCCUCAAGAAGCCCGCGUCGCCGGUUCCCCCCGGCGCGCCCCCCGUGCUCCCGAUCUAG